GUAUGUAUGAGAUUUAUUGAUACAUCAUUAUUUACAAAUUGUAUAUACAUAUAUUUUAAUUUAAUUGAUAGUUUUUGCUAUUGUCGAUACAUCACCGUGGACUACCCUGGUCGAUAUACGAGAUCGCAACCAUCGCAACGUGGCUUUUUGCGAGGACGUAAAGGAAUGCCGUUCAGCUGUUCGGUUGCCACGCCUCAACUUACUCCGAUUCAUCGUGUCCCCCCUCUCCGUCACACAACGCGUAUCCUGUACAGUCCAGUCCGCACUGCGCCGUCCGUUCCUCGAGACUCGCCGUCGUGCCUGGACACGGUGCGACCACGCGACACUUUCGGCGACUACCGUAGCUGAUUAAAUCGCGGCGAAACGCGCCACGUAUCGAGUGAUAUUGAUCGAACAAUGCGGUUCGAAGUCUGAUACGUUUGAAAUCGAGGUAACCUGUUUCCCCGUCGUGCACGCGUAUUGACGCGUAUCUGUGCGUUCCGCCGCCGUGUCCUGCCGCACAUUUUCGUUCGCGGCCGCGUCGGUCUAGAAAUAGCGGUCUAGAGUUGACCGCGACCUUCGGUAGAGACACAGAGCUUGUUUACGGAUUCACGCAUCCGACAUGUCGAGCGAGAGCGUGAAAACGUUUGCGAGCCUGGAGACACCUGGAUACGUAGGCUUCGCAAAUUUGCCGAAUCAAGUGCAUCGGAAAUCUGUGAAGAAGGGCUUUGAGUUCACGCUUAUGGUUGUGGGAGAGUCUGGCCUCGGAAAGUCCACCUUGGUAAACAGUUUGUUCCUUACGGAUUUGUAUCCCGAGCGAAUAAUUCCUGAUGCAGUCGAGAAAACAAAUCAAACUGUCAAACUUGAUGCUUCAACGGUCGAGAUUGAAGAAAGGGGCGUGAAACUUAGAUUAACAGUUGUUGAUACACCUGGUUAUGGAGAUGCAAUUGAUAACACGGAUAGUUUCCGAGCUAUUAUUCAAUACAUAGACGAUCAGUUUGAGAGAUUUCUUCGUGACGAAAGUGGUCUAAACAGGAGGAAUAUCGUGGAUAAUAGAAUACAUUGUUGUUUCUAUUUCAUCUCUCCAUUUGGCCAUGGGUUGAAGCCGUUGGAUAUCGAGUUUAUGAAGCAACUUCAUAACAAAGUUAAUAUAGUACCUGUAAUAGCAAAAGCUGAUGUACUUACCAAAAAAGAAGUCUUGCGCCUGAAAAAAAGAGUUAUGGAGGAAAUUGAAGGCAAUGGAAUCAAAAUAUAUCCUUUACCGGACUGUGAUAGUGAUGAGGAUGAGGAUUACAAGGAACAAGUACGUCAGUUGAAAGAAGCAGUCCCGUUCGCAGUGUGUGGUGCAAAUACCUUGCUCGAGGUCAAAGGAAAGAGAGUACGUGGUCGACUAUAUCCAUGGGGUGUUGUUGAAGUGGAGAAUCCCGAUCAUUGCGAUUUUAUCAAGUUGAGGACAAUGCUGAUCACGCAUAUGCAAGAUUUACAGGAGGUAACGCAAGAAGUACAUUACGAGAAUUACCGUAGCGAAAGAUUGGCAAAAGGAGCUCCGGUGCCGCCCCGACGUCAAACAACUAUCACGGAACCUGACAAGAACAGCACCGUGUCAGAGAAGGAUCGCAUUUUGCAAGAGAAGGAAGCAGAAAUACGACACAUGCAAGAAUUGCUGGCUGUGAUGCAAGCGCAGAUGCAACAACAGCAACCUUGAUCGAAUAUGCGUUUGUGUACUGACGUAUGAAAUGAAGGAAACGACUCCUCAUUGUUACGCGAGUGCCAAAAUGAUUUAUAAAACUUUAUUUUAUUAGUGAUUCACACGAUUAGGGUCUUGAUUUCGACCGCAAUAUUUUUCUAAGCUCGUCUUUUAUUAGGGAAAUCUCAUUUUGAUACGCGCCACGCGUUUUAUAGGCAUAUAAGAGUAUAAAAAUACUAAUGUUUCUACAUAGUAUUAACUUUUGAUUGUCGACGUGAGGACUCUCGACGGCUCUGUUACGACAUCCAAUGCCUCGUCCAGAACGAGCAGACUAAUAAAAUCGGUCUGAAAUUGCGACACAGUAUGAAACAAAUGUUUGCAUAUCCAAGGUUUACAGGUAAGGCACUUAAGU